AUGGAUAGUAAUAAACGUAGAACAUCAUCAAUUGAUUCUUAUUUUUCUGUACAAAAGAAAACAAAAUCUCGAGAUGAUGCAUUAAACUCCGUCAACGUUAACCAUGAUUCUAUUGUUUCUACAUCUUCACCAACUCCUUCAUCUUUAAUUUCGAUACCUGUUCAUGAUGUUGCACUGGUGAAUUUAAAUAAUAUUAAUAAUUCUGUACAGAUUAAUCCGGUAGUUGAUGAUAUUAAUCGUUCACAUAUUGAUCCACCAUGUCAACCAAUAUUGGACAAAUAUCCAAUAAAUGAAGAUAAUCGUUCUUUUCAAGCCCGUUGCUCAUCAAAUCUUGGUAAUCUAUUAGAAAUAUUACGCUGGUCUUCUGAUGUUGAUCCAAUAAGUAAAGCUGUUUUAGAAGAUUCAGCACAAAAUGCGACUUAUUUAUCCCAUCACAUUCAGAACGAACUUAUUGAUAUUAUGGCAAACACAGUUCGUGAACAAAUCAGUAACUUAAUCAGAGGAAAAUAUUUUGCUUUAAUAGCUGAUGAAUCUCGCGACGUUAGUGGUCAUGAACAACUCUCGAUUGUCAUUCGAAUAGUAAAUGAUCCAUCUGAUAAUAAUAAUGAUACACUUAAAGAAUAUUUUAUGGGAUUUGUGCGUCUGCAUCAAUUCGAUGCAGAAAGUUUAUCAUUAGAAAUAGUAAAAUUUUUACAGCAACACAAUAUUCAGUUGGAUUUAUGUAUAGCUCAGUGUUAUGAUGGAGCAAGUGUGAUGUCUGGUAAAUUUGCUGGGUUGCAAAUAAUCAUGCGUGAAAAAAAAAGAUGUCGAACACGAACAAUACCUGCUCGUUUUGCUAAUCCAAUUAUAACAAGUACCGUCGGUCAUCGUGACGAUGAUGGGAAUGAUGAAUAUCGAAUUCGAACAAGCAUUUAUUAUCCAUUAAUUGACGCUAUUCUUAUUGAAUUAAAUGAUAGAUUUUCAAAUUCAAAUUUAAAUUUAUUGACAAGUUUAUCAAGUUUAUAUCCAGAGAGUGAAAAUUUUCUAGAAUUUCAUUCAUUACGUGAAUUCGCGGACCAUUUAAACUGUGAUCGGAAUCUAUUAGAAAAUGAAUUAAAUGUCAUUAAACCGAUGGUGAAAGAUGACAAAUUAAAAUCAAUUGCAGGAUUGUACAAGAAAUUAACACCUUAUAAAAACGCAUUUCCAACAGCUGUAUGUAUGGUUGCUGGAGCAUUACCAGUUCCUGUAUCUUCAACAACAUGUGAACGCAGCUUCAGCAAGAUGAAGCUCAUCAAGACUUACACAAGAAAUACAAUGAGCGAUACAAGAUUGAGUGAUAUGUGCUUAUUAUGUAUUGAAAAAGAUUUUGAGAUAGAUUUCGAAAAAGUAAUUGAUAUUUUUUCAUUGAAUCAUGUGGAUAGUCGAAUACUCUUACGAUAA